AUGUCGCUCAAUAUUCCCAACGCCCCCAAUGCGGGCCUGUUCAAGGGAGGUUACAACAACUACGACUCCGAAGAUGGUGCCGUCCUGCGAAACAUCGAGGCCUGCCGCGCCAUCUCGUCGACGGUCCAGACCUCGCUCGGCCCCUACGGCCGCAACAAGAUCAUCAUCAACCACCUGCAAAAGAUGAUACUCACCUCGGAUGCCGCCACCAUCCUGCGGGAGCUCGACGUGGUGCACCCGGCCGCCAAGAUCAUCGUCAUGGCGAGCCAGCAGCAGGAGUCGGAGAUGGGCGACGCCACCAACCUGGUCAUCAUCCUGGCCGGCGAGCUGCUGCGCAAGGCCGAGGAGCUGCUGCGCAUGGGCCUCAAGACGUCCGACAUCGUCCUGGGCUACGAGAAGGCCCAGAAGUUCGCGCUCGACACCCUCGAGGAGCUGUCGGUCGACAAGGUCGAGGACCUGCGCGACCAGGACGAGCUGAGCAAGGCCAUCCGCACCGUCGUAGCCAGCAAGCAGAACGGCAACGAGGACUUCCUGGCCGGCCUGGUGGCCGAGGGCGUCCUGGCCGUGCUGCCCAAGAACCCGGCCAACUUCAACGUCGACAACAUCCGCGUCGUCAAGAUCAUGGGCGGGAGCCUGGACCAGUCCCGCGUCGUCAAGGGCAUGGUCUUCCCCAAGGAGCCCGAGGGCUCCGUCAAGAAGGCCACCAAGGCCAAGGUCGGCGUCUUCACCUGCCCCAUCGACAACAGCCAGACGGAGACCAAGGGCACCGUGCUCCUGCACAACGCCAAGGAGAUGACCGACUUCACAAAGGGCGAGGAGUCCCAGCUGGAGGCCUCCAUCAAGGAGCUCUACGACUCGGGCCUCCGCGUCGUCAUCGUCGGCGAGCGCAUCGGCGACGUCGCCCUCCACUACCUCAACCGCUACGGCAUCCUGGCCAUCCGCAUCCUGUCCAAGUUUGAGCUCCGCCGCGUCUGCCGCGUGGUCGGCGCGACGCCUCUGGCCCGCCUCGGCGCCCCCAUGCCCGACGAGAUGGGCUCCAUCGACGUGGUCGAGACGCUCGAGAUUGGCGGCGACCGCGUCACCGUCUUCCGCCAGGAGACGGACGUCACCCGCACCGCCACCCUUGUCCUCCGCGGCGCCACCCAGAACCACCUCGACGACGUCGAGCGCGCCGUAGAUGACGGCGUCAACGUCGUCAAGGCCAUCACCCGCGACGCCCGCCUCGUACCCGGCGCCGGAGCUACCGAGACCCAGCUCGUCGAGAGGAUACAGGACUUUGGCGACAAGACGCCCGGGAUCGCCCAGUACGCCAUCAAGAAGUACGCCGAGGCCUUCGAGGUCGUCCCCCGCACCCUCGCCGAGAGCUGCGGUCUCGACGCCACCGAGGUCCUGAGCAGGUUAUACGCUGCUCAUCACAAGAGUGAAGACUGGGAUACUGGCGUCGAUAUUGAUAACGACGAUGAGACUGGCACCCUCGACACCAAGGAGGAAGGAAUCCUUGACCUCCUCGUCUCCAAGCACUGGGCCAUCAAGCUCGCCACCGAGGCCGCCCGCACGAUCCUCUCCGUUGAUCAGAUCAUCGUCGCUAGGCAGGCGGGUGGCCCCAAGCCUCCUGCUCCCAACCCGAACUGGGAUGAGGACUAA